UUUAAAAAAUAUUUUCAUGGGAAAAUGUAAUUUUAUAUUUUAUAUAGUAUGGCAAAUAAAGUUAAUGUCGCGAUACGUAUAAGACCAUUCAGUAAAAGAGAAUGUGAUCUAAACUCAAAACCAAUCAUCAAAAUAGAUAAAAAUCAAACAAUAUUAUAUCAUCCUAAGUCGUUUAAAGAUGCCAAAACAUUUGCUUUCGAUUAUUGCUUUGAUUCAAACGAGGACUCUAAUGCAGCAAGUCAAUCCGACAUUUUCGAAAAAAUUGGAUUAGAUGUUUUGAACAACGCUUUUAUGGGUUAUAAUGCUUGCAUUUUUGCGUACGGACAAACUGGUUCUGGUAAAUCGUAUACUAUGAUGGGAACCUCCACGGAUCAGGGUAUCAUACCCAGGCUUUGCGAGAAACUUUUUGAUCGAAUCGAUACAACUAAUUCUGGCAUAGCUUGUUCGGAGGAAGAUUCUUCGUAUAGCUGCAAAAGUUUGGAGGCUGGUAAGAAUACGAAAUACAAGGUGGAAGUAUCUUACAUUGAGAUCUAUAACGAAAGGGUUCACGAUUUACUUGACCCCACAGGUGAAAAGAAGAGUUUGAAAGUACGGGAACACAAUCUAUUGGGUCCUUACGUUGAAAAUUUGACGCUUCUCGCAGUUGCAUCAUACGCCGAUAUCAGCAUGUUAUUGAGGGAAGGCAACAAAUCAAGGAUAGUCGCUGCUACCAACAUGAACACCGAGAGUAGCAGAUCUCACGCUGUUUUCACUAUCCAUUUUACUCAAUCCAGGGACGAUGGCGAUCAAGAAAAAAUUAUCGGCGAAAAAAUUAGCAAAAUAAGUCUAGUCGAUUUGGCAGGAAGCGAAAGAGUGUCCAAAAGCGGGGUUAUAGGCGAACGCCUAAAAGAGGGCAGCAACAUAAACAAAUCCUUAACUACGCUUGGUUUGGUCAUAUCAACCUUGGCUGAACAAAGUUCUGGAAAUUGCAAGAUGCAUAAAUUUGUUCCAUACAGGGACUCCAUAUUAACCUGGUUGCUAAAAGACAAUUUGGGAGGCAAUUCCGUGACUACCAUGAUAAGUACCUUAUCUCCUUCAUCUGAUAAUUACGAAGAAAGUCUAUCCACUUUGCGAUUUGCCAACCGAGCUAAGCGCAUAGUCAAUCACGCUAUCGUCAACGAAGACCCCAGAGCCAAAGUCAUAAGGGAACUCAAGGAAGAGGUGGAGAUGCUCAAGAUUCAACUUAAUUUGAGACAGGAGACCUCUACCUUGGAGAGAUUAAAGCAGUCGGAAGAUUUGAUGCAAGAAUUAGAGAUGCCAUGGGAAACCAAAUUAGCUAUUUCAGAGAAGAUUCAACAAGAAAGGCAGAAAACUUUAGAAAAUAUCGGUAUAUCAGCUGAUGACACGGGUAUUAAAAUGCAAAACGAUAAAUACUAUUUAGUCAAUUUGAACUCCGAUCCUUCACUCAACGAAAUGCUGAUAUAUUACUUGAAAAAGUUCAAAACCUUGAUAGGCCGCCCCGACACUGAGCCAGAGCAGCACAUUAAGCUCAGAGGUUUGGGCAUAGUGGCUCAUCAUUGCGAGAUAGACAUCAUGAAAAUAAACAGGAUCGAGUCCGACGAGGAAAACGAUAGCGAAGAUAUAAAUAAAGGAACGGUUGGAAAUUACGUGGAUUCUCAGCUUUACAUGGUUUACAUUACCCCGUUGGAAGGAGCUUCUACGUGUGUUAAUGGUUCAAGAAUAUACGCGAAAACUUUGCUGAGGCACGGGGAUAGAAUUUUAUGGGGAAAUUACCAUUUUUUCCGACUGAAUUGCCCAUUAGUCCAUAGUCACGAUCACAAUCAAUCUAAUUCGCUUAUUUCCAUGCGCGACAAUGACGUUACCGGAUCCGACUGGUCGAUAUCUGUAGAAGCAAACAAUAAUUCCAUCAACCACCAAAGCACUAAACCGUUUAAUUCCAUUUUUGAAUCGUCCAAUUUUGUCGCGGUGACUGAAGAACUAGCGUUACAAAACCGGUGGUUUCUUUCUAACCCGGUCGAAAUGGAAGGUCUUUACAGGACUUUUUAUUCAAACUCUAACUCUCUUUCACUGUAUCCAGACCGAGAAUCCUUUGAUAAUUGUAAUGCGAAAAACACAAUCAAAGAAUCGAAAGAUGGCAAUAGCUCGGCAGGAAAUCUUGAUAUUGAUACAACUACGGAAGAAAAUUCAUUUCCAUUGAACUCAGAUAGUACUACACACCGCGAUAAUUCCUUGUACUUCGGACACGAUAGCAUAAGCCUAGAAUCGGCUUCGGCCAAAUCUGAAUUCAGCUUCAACAAAGAUGGAUGUAAGAAUAAUAAAAAUAAUGUCAAUAAAUCUCUCGCAACAGAAAAUGGCGUUAAGUUGAUCGUCACCGAAAAAAUGGGUAUCAAAACGAAUUUAGAAUUUGAAGAUAACAGUUACAAGAUCGAUUUUAAAAGAAGUUCUGCCAUGUUACGGAAAAGAAUUCUGAAUGCCAAUCUCUUGGUGGAAGAGGCCAAUUUGAUGGCCAAAGAAUUAUCGGUUGAUAUAUGUUAUAGGGUCACACUUAGAAUUCCUAUGCAAAAUCUUCUCCUUUCAUCAAACAAAAUCCAUUUCUAUAAUAAGGUUUAUCCAUUAUAUUAUAUAUAUAAAUCUUACUUACAUUAUUUUAUAAAAUAUUUCAAAAAAGGUAAACUCUACCUUAUAUUGAUUUAUUUUUUAUGUAAAAAUUAUUUUCAGAGAAACAAAAAUAGGCAACCCUACAAAUUAUUAUGCGAACCUGCCAUAUUGAUAGUUAGAGGCAAUUAUCCCGAGUAUAUAUGGAGUUUAGACAGAUUUCAAAAUAAGAUUUACGAAAUGCGCGAUAUUUACAACGAUAAUAAAAAUGAUCCCUUGAAAGAGACUUUCAUAUCCGACAUCUUUUACGAUAUAAACUAUACCGAAGUUCUUUUAGGAAUAGCUAACGUAUACUUAGGAUGCCUGAGAUACAAUGUCAAAUUUGAUUACAAAGUCCCCAUUAUCAAUCAACAAGGAGAGGUGGAGAGUUUGGUGUAUGUUCAUCAAAAUAUAGCAAUGGUGACUUUAGUAAUCACUAGUGUUGUUAAGAUAGCCGGAAGAUUAUGCAUUUCUCUAGAUCGAAUACAAUUCACUCAUGGCACCCAGAUAAAUAAGAACGUCAUAACUAACGAUUCCUACAAAAAACACGAAUUUUCGCACAAUAGAUACUUAAACCCAAUCAACUUUGACGAAAGUCGCGGGAAAGAUUCGUCCUUUGCCAAAACUCUAGUCAGUCCUUUAAACUUUGAAACCGUUCACAAUUCCCAUUACGAUUGCAGAGAGGAUAAUUAUCCUAAUUCAUCAUCAGCUAUGGAUGAAUCAUUUCUUUCCACCGAAUCCAGUGGCAUAUUCAAUUCCGAAAAUCCCGUCAAAAUCGAAACCGUUUUCGCUCAACUAAAUAUCAAGGAGGCCCUAGACAUUCGGAAAACUAAUCGGUCCGACUCCAUUUAUUUACAAUACGAGGUUCCUGAACCUUAUAAUCGGGCCACGGCUCAAAAAGAUUUUAAGAACGAUAAAACUUUACAUUUUGUUCCGAAUUCGAAUUUCAAUUUCAAUCAUCCCGCGAAAAAUGGCUUCAUGAACAAUUCCAUGUCUUAUCCUUGCUAUACCGCUGCCGGCUUCAGUUCCCCCGUUUUAGUGCUAGAGAGAAAGUUUAAAAAAAGGAAGUUAAAUCCUUCCAACAAUAUUAAUUCGGAUGAACUCGGCACCGAAGAUCUAUAUUUUGGGGAAAUGGGUCAGGAUAGUAAAGGAGCUAGGACGACUAAUCGAGGCUCCAAUAAAUGUCCUUACAAGAGAAGCGCCGUCAAAUUUAAGCACAGAAACACGUUUCGACUUGACUAUCCCGAAGAAAACCCGGAGUCCUUAAACGAUUCGGUGUUAUCAAUCGAGGUUUGGUGCAGGAAAAAACUGGUGGCGGAUGGUGGCAUUAACAUAGUUGGAUCCGGAAUAUCCAAAAAUGAUUUGUCCCUCAAGAACAAAAAUAGUUUAUCGCGCGAUACUCGUUUGAAUAAAAUUAGCCAAAAUCUUGCUUUAAGUUGUCGUCCAAUUGAUGAAUUUAACUCUAUCGGGAAAAACUAUAUCAAUGCCAAAAGAAAGUCUUUGACGCAAAGAUGGAACGAAGUUAAACGCAAAUUGCAGGUUUGGGUUAGAAUUUCUGAGCUCAACGAUCAAGGGCAUUUUAACGAUGUGAAAGUCAUCCCAGAAUCAUCAUCUUCUUCCAAUUACAAUAGCGCAAGCAAUAGCGAUACGGAGGAUCCUAAUUUAUUGUCCACUGUUAAAAAUGGGACUGGUGGCGUUUACCAAUUGAGGCAAGGUCGGCAGCGUAGAGUCACGAUAGAUAUCAACGUGGCCACAAAUAACGAGACGAGUAGCCAGUCACGCAAAACAGGACAGCUUCCUUUGAUGUGUGAAACGCUGCAAGGGCCCGUGCUCUGCGGCGUCGUUUUGAGAAGCGAAAAAUUACUGUCGAUAUGUGCUAAAAAUCGAAACAAUAUUUCGCAGAAAGAUGAAAGAAAGCAACUUUAUGAUUCGUAUGACAAUAAAUCCGAGAUCGUCAUUGACUCCUAUCAAGAAAAAGGAUUAAAAAGGCUGAGGCACAAAUGGAGCCGAGUUAUAGAACGACGCAAGGGCUAUUUGGAAAGGGAACUUCAGAGAUUUUCCGAUACAACGACAAAAAGUAAAGACGAUGUCAUGCGAGAAAAAUGUUUGAUGGAACAAUGGAUUACUCUGACGGAAGAAAGAAACGCGCUCUCCUUACCAAGCGAAGGAAGUGACAUUCCCGGUUCACCAGCUGAUUGGAACCCGCCUUUGGGCAUGGAAAAGCACAUACCCGUCAUAUUUUUGGAUCUCAAUCUCGAUCACACUACCGAAUUAUCAGAAUCUCAAGGUUCUUGUGAUAAUUUAUAUCAAGACUCAACGAAUUAUGACCAAGAUUUGGAUCAAAUUGAAAUUUCGAUUGGUAAUAGCACGCCGAUUAUAUACCAAGAUUCUUAUUUACUCGGCGAACCCGCUUGCGAUAAAAUAUAUACGAGCAGCCAUAGCGAGUUCGUUAAGCUCAAUAUAAUCAAAGAAUGCCAAAUAGCUACUAAUUGUCGUAGAAUAAUAUGCGCUUGGGAUUCAUCAAUCCACGAUUCCCUUUACCUGAAUGCACCUAGUGCAUCGCCUUCCGAAAAAACUUACCUUAUACUCAAAUUUUGCGUUAAAUUGAGCCACCCAGCUUCUAUCAACGUUUGGUUGCGGAAAAGAAUUUGCGUAAACGUUUUAGCACAAAAACUGACCUUAGCAGAAAAAAUAAAGGAUAGGAUUAUUAGACAAGAACCCUUUUUAACUUCCUGCGGUGUUACCUACGAAAUAAUAUCGAGUAUUCCCCAUGAAUCUCAGCAUCUGGAAAACACUAGAAAUUUGGCACUCUUAGCCGCUUCCCCUAUCAAUGAUGAUGGUCUUGUUAACGGAUUUCCUGACAAUGACGCUAAAAAUAAGGAUGAUUAUGAAUUCGAGGAUGCACAAAGAGAUUUAGAUGAGCCAAAAACUGGGGACGGAAAUAACCAAUAUUAUAUAAAACAGUACAUGAGGAGUAUCGCAAAUUUAAAUAAUCUGUUAUCUUUCGAUAAAGUCAAACAGGAAUUCGUUGUUAGAGAAUUAGCUAUGAGAAAUCAACAUACAAAAUCUGUCAAUUCACACGAAUCAAUACAUCGAUCUCUCUCAUUUAAUGAAUCAACAAAACAUCUUCUACACGCCAAUGAUGGUUAUAAAAAAGAUGUUCAUAAUAUAAGAGGAUCCCCGGAUGGCGACAAUUUUGAAAACUUUGAAUUUUUUAAGUAUAUUGGAAACAAUUCCUCCAAUGAUAGUCAUCUACAGCUAGAAGAUAUGACCAAACACCCAGCUCAAAUAUUUCGUAAAACGAUUUAUGAUUCUUCAAACUCUAACCACUUCGUGGAUUAUGAAGAUAAAAAAUUAGAAAGACCCAAUUAUCUUAAUAUAAAUUCAUAUUCGCCGUGCCAUAGCGUUAAUUACUAUAAUUUUGAAAAUCGAUUUAAUAGAUUGUCACCAUUAUCAGCUCCCAAUCCGCCUUUAUUUCGAAACGUGAAACCUAUGAGAACAUUGCUAGAAGAAAUAAUAACAUCCACCGCAAAUUAAUCAUCAUUAAAAUUAAAUGCAUCCCAAAUUUAGGCAAAUAGUAAAUUAUCUACUCCUAUAUUGUAAUGAGUAUUUUAAUUUAAAAUGACAAUCAAUAAAAGUUUUAGCUAAAUCGAUAUUUGAUGGUUUUGAGGAAUUACAUGGCGACAAGUAAAUAUUAGUGCAAGUAAUACGAUUUCUCUAAUCGGUAUCAGAUAUUGAUUGAGUAAAACUUUUAUUGAUUGUCAUUACUCUAAUAUUCUACUUCUGUGAUAUAUUAUAUUUAUAUUGUAUAAAAAAAAUAUAUUUAUUUUGUACUUGCAAAUUUUUUUUUUAUUACUAUUUAAUUAUAUGAAGUUUUCAGACAAAAAUUGGUUAUAUAGAAAUUUACAAUUUUUUUAAAUUAAAAUUUUUAUAUUGGACGAAUUUUUUUUUAAGUCGGAGGAUUUAAUUCCUUCUAUAUGAAUGAAUUUAUAUAUAUAAUAAAUAGAGUUAUCGACUUUCUUUAAUGUAACAUGAUUAUGUUUUAUGUUUGCAAAAAAUAGAUCGUUGUUUACGUUACUUUAAAAAAAAGAGUUGCUGUGUAAAAAGAUUGAAUAAAUUAUUUGCCUUUUA